CGACCGCAGUCAGUCGAGUUAGGGCGCCGCAGCACCGCGUGGCCGGUCGAUUAGUCAGACGGUCGAGUCGAGUCGGUCAGUUCGAGGGUACAGAACUCCCGCGCAGGAUACAGUUCCAGAACAAGGAUGGCGCUAUUCCGCUUCACCCCAAAACGCUGCCUCGACGUUCAGAAAAUAACGUCGACGGUUUUUUUGCGGCAACUCACCGAUGCGUCCACGGAUUUGAAGAAGGUUCUCACGGACAGAAUUCCAAAGGAACAGGAACGAGUUAGAGCCUUUCGUAAGAAUCAUGGUUCCACCAAGGUUGGAGAAGUCACCGUCGAUAUGAUGUACGGCGGUAUGCGCGGCAUCAAGGGCCUCGUGUGGGAGCCGUCGGUGCUGGAUCCGGAGGAAGGUAUACGCUUCCGUGGUAAAUCGAUUCCCGAGUGCCAGAAGCUCCUGCCGAAAGCGGCCGGUGGCGCGGAACCUCUGCCGGAGGGUCUCUUCUGGCUGCUGAUCACCGGCGACGUGCCCACGGACGCGCAGGUGCGGGCCAUCUCUCAGGAGUGGGCGUCAAGGAGCUCGUUACCUGAGCACGUGGUCAAGGCCCUCAACAACUUUCCCAAGACGCUGCACCCGAUGACGCAAUUCUCCGCGGCGAUCACGCUGCUGAACAGCGAGAGCGAGUUCGUCAAGGCGUACAACAAGGGUGUGCACAAGAGCAAAUACUGGGAAACCGUAUACGAGGACUCGAUGAAUCUGAUUGCUAAAUUGCCGGUGGUGGCCGCUACGAUUUACCGUAACAUUUACAAGGGCGGCAAGGGCUUGGGCUCGGUGGACGCCGGCAAGGAUUGGUCCUGGAACUUCGCCAAUAUGCUCGGCUACGACAAUCCGCAAUUCAUCGAGCUGAUGCGACUCUAUCUGACGAUCCAUUCGGAUCACGAAGGCGGUAACGUGUCCGCUCAUACUACCCACUUGGUGGGAUCCGCUCUGUCGGAUCCGUAUUUAUCUUUCGCUGCUGGUAUGAAUGGUCUGGCCGGACCACUGCACGGUUUGGCCAAUCAGGAAGUAUUGGUGUGGCUGGAGAAGCUACGUGGUCAGGUCGGCGACAGUCCGAGUGAUGAUAAACUCAAGGAGUUUAUCUGGAAUACGUUGAAGAGCGGCCAAGUUGUGCCCGGUUACGGACACGCCGUACUCAGGAAAACCGAUCCGAGAUACACCUGUCAGAGAGAAUUCGCGCUGAAACAUCUGCCGGACGAUCCAUUGUUCAAGCUGGUCGCGCAGGUGUACAAGGUGGUGCCGCCAAUUCUAUUAGAGACUGGCAAGGUGAAGAACCCAUGGCCGAAUGUAGAUGCGCACUCGGGCGUGCUGCUGCAGUACUACGGCAUGAAGGAGAUGAAUUAUUACACGGUCCUGUUUGGCGUGUCACGCGCGUUAGGCGUGCUCGCCUCUCUCGUCUGGGAUCGCGCCCUAGGACUACCUAUCGAGAGGCCUAAGUCCCUUAGCACCGAUCUUCUCAUGAAGGCCGUCAAGGCUUAAGAUUAUCUCGUUAUUAAAGAUUAUUUCAUUGGAUUGACGAUCAUUAUCAGCGUCACGAAGUCCCGUCGACCUCGAUUUUGUUCGAGCGUCGACUGCGGUGCCGGAAAUAAGAAAUCAUUUUGAUACCAACCUCGACAGAAACACCUCAACGAGCCCGCGCCUUAUCGAACGAAUGAUAGUAUGAAUGGAAAAAAGCGAAAGAACGAGAGAAUGAGAGAGAGAGAGAGAGAGAGAGA